AUGUCGUCAACAAACGGAGGUAUCACCGAACAACAGUGCGAACAUCUCGUGGAGCUCCAAAAUUCAUUCAUCACCGCACUACGAACGAAAGUCCCUUCGCAUGCUGAUGCCCUAGAGUGGAGGUACCGCCAUACUAUGACCGACUUCAUGUGGCGCCAAGUACCCAUUGAAGACACGCAGUGCUGCCUUAGACAGCUUGUGCAGACUGCCGAUGAAGAUAGAAUCCGGAGUAUCUUUGCCAAGUUUCUCACUGCGCCCACGGAAUUACCGGAUCAAAAGACCGAAGCUGCAGAUACUCUCUGUGAAGUUUUUGGCAUUGCACGACUCAUUAAAACGAACGGGAGAAAGACGUAUGAAGUAUGGUGCGCCUCGAACAACAUCAUGCGGGAGGCAGAAGUAUGUUGA